AUGCCUAGUCAUUCACAGGCAGUGGAAAAAGGCGAAUAUCGCCCUGCAGCCUCAGGAGAUCUACGAUCUCCCUGCCCCGCCCUCAAUUCUCUUGCGAACCACGGAUUGAUCCCCCGUGACGGUCAUAAUAUCACGGCCGACCAGCUUAAAGAUGCUCUCCAAUAUAUCGGCGUCGGUGUCGAUAUCCGACAUAUCCUAGUGAAGAGAGCAUUUACUGUUCAUGAUGAGACUUCUCAUAUCGGCCUUCGGAACCCGGGACAGGUGAAUGAGUCUGGAAUUCCUGUGCUAGAUCUGGAUCAGACUGGUCGCCCUCAUGCUGUGGAACAUGACGUGUCUCUCUCCCGAGAAGACCGCGCCCUAGGCGACUGCAUUAAACCAGACCCAGAUUUGGUUGGCAGAUUGGUUCAGUAUCCAGGCAACAAGGAUUCGUUCACUAUCUCCGACCUCGGUCGAUUCCGUAAGCGGCGACAUGCAGAGCAGAAGGCAAAGAACUCUGAACUAAAUUUCGACUCCUCAAAACACAAGGUGGCUUGUGGUGAAGCUGCUAUCUUCCAGUCUAUUUUUGGUAAGGGCUUUUUCUACAAACUGCCAACAAAAUACGUAAAAGCGAUGUUUCAGGAGGAGCGUUUGCCAUAUAAGGAAGGUUGGAGACCGCGAUGGACUCCGGUGAUGAUUCCAGAACAGUUAAUAUUACAGCUGGUGAUAUCACAUUAUGCCUCAGCAGCUUGA